GUCAUUUGCCGACCCAUUGAACCAGUUUCUGUUCGGUUUGCUUGUUGCUGGGUGGGGGCUUAGGCCUAAGUCGGUCUGUCACAAAUUUGAGGCCAUUGUGACCGUGAAAUUUGGACAAACAUUUUGAUUUCGCCUAUUUAAGCUGCGCAGCUGGCCCAGUUAAGCAUCAGUAACAUUUCCAGUUGCAGCUAACUAACAUGGCAUUCAAGUACGUCCUAUUGUCCUUCUGCGCUCUGCUCGGCGCGGCCAGUGCUGGCUACCUGGCGCCUGCCACCUAUGUGGCUCAGCCCCAUUACGAUGCGGUGGGCACCACGCAGCAGAAUGUGGUGCGCUCGUUCGGCGGCACCGUAUCCACCUACUCGAAGAACGUGGUCACGCCCUACUCCAGCGUCAGCAAGGUGGACUCACGCACCACCAAUAAUGUGUACACGCCCAAGACUGUCUAUAGCUCACCCGCUGCUGUGGUCACCAAGUCCGUCUAUGCUGCUGCUGCUCCAGCUGUCACCUAUGCUGCUCCAGCUCCCGUGCUGGCCAAGACUGUCUCAUAUGGUGCUUCAGCUCCCGUGCUGGCCAAGACCGUCUCGUAUGCUGCUCCGGCUGUGACCUAUGCUGCUCCGGCUGUGACCUAUGCCAAGACCUAUGCCGCUCCAGCUGUCGCAUAUUCCACACCAGUUGCUGCUCCCACUGCCUAUGUGAAGUACUCGCCCGCAAUUGGUGUGGCCCAUGUCAGCUUCGAUGGCUUUGGCUCACACUGGGGCUAUUAA